CGUACAUCUACGGUCCAAAAGCAAAGUCUGUGACUCCAUCGCCUCCUUCCUUAUAUAUAUCCCUCCCUGCGCUAUCAUUCAUAGCCUACACAAAACCACCACCAGCUCCUCCUCGACCACCACUAUUACCACCUUUUGCUUCACUCUCUUCUGCAAUUACUUGCUAAUUCUUGCAUGGCAGUGAGCUUGCUUGCACGCGAGAUAUCCGACCUCUGUCUAGGCAAGCCUGCACUGAGGUCUCUCCCCCUCACUGCCACUGUUGCAGAUGCUCUCUCAGCUCUAAAGAACUCUGAUGAUAACUUCUUAAGCGUCUGGAGUUGUGACCACACGCCUAAAAAAGUUGCUGGCUUUCAAGGGGAUGUUGAUGAAGAUGACUGUAAAUGUGUUGGGAAGGUGAGCAUUGUGGAUAUCUUAUGCUAUCUUUGCCAGGAUGAUCACUUGCUAUCGUCUUCCUCUGCCUUGAAAGCUCCUCUUUCUGUUCUGUUGCCUAAGAUUCCUGGCCUUGUCAUGCAUGUGGAACCAUCUUCGAGCUUAUUAGAAGCAAUUGAUCUGAUUUUGCAAGGAGCUCAAAACCUGGUAGUACCCAUAAGGCCUAGGCACAGUUCUUCAAGUUCAAGGAGAAAACAGCAGCAGAAACUACUGGCAACAACCAACACCCCCACAACCAUCCACGCCGGCGGCCGCGAAUUCUGCUGGCUAACUCAAGAAGAUAUAAUCAGAUUCCUCCUCAGCUCCAUCGGCCUUUUCUCUCCUAUCCCAGCUCUCUCCAUUGACAGUCUUGGUAUUAUCAGCACUGACAUCAUUACCGUAGACUACCACUCCCCCGCUGCUUCUGCAGUUGCAGCCAUUUCUAGCAGUUUGGCGGACCAGACUUCAGUCGCAGUGGUUGACGGCGACGAGGGUAUCUUGAUAGGAGAGCUGUCACCACUCACACUAGCCUGUUGCGAUGAGACCGUGGCAGCAGCCAUCACGACUCUGUCUUGUGGGGAUCUAAUGGCCUACAUUGAUUGUGGAGGCCCCCCAGAGGACCUCGUCAGGGUAGUGAUGGGAAGGCUGAAGCAGAGAGACCUGGAGGUUAUGCUACAAAAUUUCACAAACUCAACCACAUCACUGGACCCAGUUUCUUCUUCUUCAUCAUCAGACGAGGAGUCUGGAAGAACAAUGCACAGGUCAGGGAAAUACAGUAGGUCAAUGAGUUACUCAGCAAGGAUGGUGAGAAGAGCAGAGGCAAUAGUUUGCCAUCCCAAAAGCUCGCUGGUGGCUGUGAUGAUUCAGGCAAUUGCACACAGAGUGAAUUAUGUGUGGGUUAUAGAAGAAGAUUGUAGCUUGGUUGGCAUUGUUACAUUUUGUAAUAUGCUGAAGGUUUUCAGGGAACAUUUAGAGCCUCAUCCGAUGGCCUGAAGGAAAACAUUUUCUUCUAAUUACAAGUGAAGUUUUGUUGUUUUGGUUCUAAAUCACCUGCUAAGGCUUAGAUGAUAAUGUAGUGAGAGCCUAAUUUAAGACAAUAAGUGAAGAGGACUGUGUCUGUGAUGUGAAUGUGGAACCUCUCUUCUUUAGUUUAUAUAUGUUCUUUUUAUUUUUAC